AGAAACAAAGGGAUCUCUUCCUCGGAUACACAGUUUAAUUUGAAAUCAGAGUAAGAUCUCUCAAAACCUAAAUUCCCAGCGAUUUUGAUGGAGACGGAGCUUGAGCCGAGAGUGAAACCACUUCCGUUCAAGGUCAAAGCGAUGUCGCGCGAGUCAUCUUCGCAAAAAGCGGCUCAGGUGCUUGAACCCGAUCUUCGUUCCCACUGGUCAACGGGAACCAACACCAAGGAAUGGAUAUUGCUUGAACUCUCGGAACCAAGUUUGUUAUCACGUGUAAGGAUAUACAAUAAGUCUGUUCUUGAAUGGGAAAUAUCAGUUGGUUUACAAUACAAGCCAGAAGCAUUUGUGAAAGUCCGCCCUCGCUGUGAAGCACCUCGACGCGAUAUGGUUUAUCCAGUGAACUACACUCCGUGUCGUUACGUUCGAAUUUCUUGCUUACGGGGCAAUCCGAUAGCCAUAUUUUUCAUCCAACUUAUCGGGAUAUCAGUUCCAGGUCUGGAACCAGAAUUUCAGCCUGUUGUCGAUCAUCUGCUUCCACAUAUUCUCUUGCAUAAGCUAGAUGCUCAUGAUAUGUAUCUUAAGUUUCUUCAAGACAUGACAAGGCGGUUGCAUACCUUCCUUCCCCAACUUGAGGCAGACCUUUCCAGCUUUCAAGAUGACGUUGACUUUAAUCUUCAUUUCCUUGCCAUGCUUAACGGCCCCUUUUUCCCAAUACUCCAGUUUCUAAGCGAGAGAGAAAUUGCAAGAACUUCGAGCACCAGUGUUGUUACCGUCUCUUCUAACUUUGAGCCUAGAAGGUCACGUGGUCCUUCAUCUGUCACUUUCUCUGCAUCCAGUUCAGCUGCAUUUUGGCAAGAUGCCAUAUUUUUGCUUCUGAGAAAGGCGUUAAAAGAUCCUCAUCUGGGAAUUGUUUGUAGAAUGGGUUCCAAAAUCCUAGAGAAGCUUAAUGAAUAUACAUCUCAAGAAGAAUCAUCUGAUGCUGGAGGCACUUCUAAAUUGGACGAGCAAACCUCAAAAUCGGAACCAUUUUCUAACAAAGACCAAACCGAUUAUUCAAGUUUGUUUGGAGAGAAGAGUAGCUUGCUUGCCUCUGAAUUUAACUGUUGCAUCAUCAAUAUCAAUAUUUUAGACACGUCUGCGGUGGAGGAAGGAAUUCUGCACAUUCUCUUUUCUUGUGCUGCACAGCCUGCACUCUGCCGUAGAUUAUCUGAGAACCCCUCAAACCUCUGCUUUGCCCUACCGCUUGUGCAAGCCUUAUUGCCAGCACUUCGUCCAUACGGAAGCAGCUCAUGUGAUCACAUAAGUGAUUUUUCAUUAUGGGGGCAAGCUUCUGUUCAGCAGGCUUUAUCACAGAUAGUUCUGAUGUCAUCUUCACCAUCAUACCAUCCGCUACUUAAGGCUUGUGCUGGUUAUCUGUCAUCUUUUUCGCAAUCUCAUGCUAAGGCGGCAUGCCUUCUAAUCGAUCUUUGUUCUUCCAUUUUAGCUUCUUGGACAGCGCAAGUGAUUGCAAAGGUUGAUCUAAGUAUAGAGCUUUUAGAAGAUCUUUUGGGCACACUUCAGGGUGCUAGCCAAUCAAUGGCUUCUGCUCAUGCUGCAAUCAAAUACAUUGUUCUUGCUCUGGCUGGUCACAUGGACAAUAUUUUAGGGAAGUACAAGGAAGUUAAGCACAAAAUUCUUUUCCUCUUGGAGAUGUUGGAGCCAUUUCUGGUUCCUGCUAUGUGUCCAGUUAAGGGUGGAAUAAUAUUUGGUGACACCACAUUUACUAAGAAAGAGGAGGAGAAUUGCGCUAUUGCCCUCGAUAUUAUCCGUAUUGCAGUGGAAAAGCCAGCCGUUCUUCCUUCCCUUGAAACGGAAUGGCGACAUGGUUCAGUUAGUCCUAGUGUCCUCCUCUCCAUACUUGAUCCUCAGUUAGAUUUACCAACUGGAAUUGAUCUUUGCAAGCCUGCCAGCAAAAGUAUAGAGUUUGAUCCAUCCUCUACAUCAAAUGUUCCCUGUCAAGUAGGACUUAAAAAAUCUCCUAAGCAAGUUGACACUGACAGUAGAGCAGAUGUUUCUGAUUCGACAAUCAAGGUUGAUGUUUAUGACGAUGUAAGACUCUAUUUUGCUCCUCAAGAACUUCGUAGUUUGUCAUUGACAAACACUAAUUUAAGUUGCAACAAAGCUGUCAGAGAUGUAAUGGCUGAAAAGAAAGAUGAUGACGAAAAAUUUACCCUCUUAUCGCCAAGUGGGUUGGUGUUGGAUUCUGAUCUUGGUACCAAGUUCUUCAACCUGCAAGCUGACUCUUUUCAACUUGAGAACAUUCAAGAUUGUGAGAUCAAGGCUUCUGAGUUCAAACGUUUGGCCCAUGAGUUACAAGCGCACGAUUCCAUUUCUAGCGAAGGUCAUGAUGCUGCAGUCGAUGCUUUGCUAUCUGCCGCAGAGUGCUAUGUGAAUCCUUUUUUCCUGAAAUCCGUUGGGGACGGUUCAAAUUUGGUAAAGGAGUUUGAGAUAACCAAAGCUCGAAACCAGAAAGAGCUUAAGCCAAGGAGUGGUGCAGAGAAGAAACAUGUCAGCAUUGAAACAAUUGCUAAGCUUGAAAGACAAAGAGAUGUAAUCGUUUUUCAAAUUCUGCUUGAGGCUGCAAAGUUAGACAGAAAGUUCAAGUUGGAGCUGUCGACCAAAGAAAUGCACAGCUCUGCCGAAGUGUGUGAUGAAACUGUUAUUGAUCUAUCUCCCAGUGAUAUGAUAUCUCUGGAUGCGAUCACUCUGGUUCGGCAAAACCAGGCUCUGAUAUGUAAUUUUCUUGUUCAGCGACUCAUGAAGGAUCAGCAUUCUCAUCAUGAGACUCUUAUGCAUUGCUUGGUGUUUCUCCUGCGUUCAGCUACCAAGCUAUUCUGUCCACCUGAAGAUGUGAUUCAUAUCAUCAUACAAUCAGCUGAUUACCUCAGUGUGAUGUUAACAUCUAUUCAUCAUCAUCUCAGGGAAGAGAAUUAUCGGUUAAGACCAGAAAAAGGUGUUGUGAUUCAACGCCGCUGGCUGCUACUGCAGAAAUUGGUAAUUGCUUCUAGUGGAAGUGCUGGCGACUUUGAUUCUACAGAAAAAGUUGAGGAUUGUUUUAUGCGUCAAAGUUUUAUUCCAUCCAUAACUUGGGUGCAGAAAAUAACACCACUUUCCCACUCUAGCUCGGCCGUUGUUCGUUUUGUGGGCUGGAUGGCAGUAUCUCGUAUUGCGAAACAGUUCAUUAGUGAUAGAAUUUACCUUGUGUCUGAUCUGUCCGAGUUAACUGGCUUAUUAUCAAUUUUCGCUGAUGAGCUCGCUGUAGUACAUAAAUAUAUUGAUCCAGAAACUGGUAAUAUGAACACAGAAUUUGCCUGUCAAAAAGAGUCAGCUGGGGAAGCUUCUGAACAUAGUGAUUUUCAUGUCAUAUACCCGUAUCUUGGUAUGUUUUUUCCGCAGAUGAAGAAACAAUUCCAAGUCUUUGGAGAAGUCAUUUUAGAAGCUGUCAGUUUGCAACUGAGAUUGCUUUCUUCCGCGGCAUUGCCUGACAUCUUGUGCUGGUUUUCUGAUUUGUGUUCAUGGCCUUUUUCUGACAAAGGGGAAGUUGGCAAGAUGAAUUCUGAUUUUUUCAAAGGUUAUGUUGGGAGAAACACCAAAGCAGUAAUACUCUAUAUAUUGGAAAGCAUUGUGAAAGCACACAUGGAAGCUAUGGUUCUGGAAAUACCUCGAGUGGUUCAAGUGUUAGUAUCACUUUGCAAGGUCUCAUAUUGUGAUGUUUCGUUUCUCAACUCUAUGUUACUUGUGCUGAGACCGAUUAUUACACAUGCAUUGCAAAAAGCGUCAUCUGUGGAAAAAGUAACUGCUGAUGAGACUUGUCUUGAUUUUGAAACAUUGUGCUUUGAGGAGCUUUUCAAAUGUAUCAGACAGAGGGAUGAGAGUCAAAAUACUUGCAUGGGGAAAACAUCCACCAUGUCUCGGACUAUAUUUGUUCUAGCUUCUGUUUUACCAGAUCUAACUUUCCAAAGAAAACGGGCCUUCUUGCAGUCUUUAAUGCAGUGGACUCACUUUCCUGACUUUGAGCCAACAUCUUCCUUCCAUGAUUAUCUCUGUGCUUUUCAGGCCGUCUUAGACAGUUGCAAACUUUUCUUAAUGCAGAGUUUACAGGCAUUUGGUUGUUUCUCCAUUCGGUUUCCAGGUAUUUCCGGUCCUCAAACAGUCUGUAACAAGAACCCUCUCAAAAGAACAUUGUUUCUUAAGGAAAUCAUACUGAAUUCAUCCAAUGUUUCCGGUAGUCAAUAUAUCAACAAAGAUAAUGCUUUUGUUUCAACCCAAAACGUUAAACUACUCUCAAGUGAGGUCGAAGGGUUUACCAAGGACUUGGAGGAUUUAAUUGUCUGUCUCCAAGUGACAAUUGAAAAAUGUUGGAGUCUUCACUGUCAACUGUCUAAGAAGCUCACUAAUAUCUCAGCAGAAUGCUUUGUGUACUUGAGGUGCUUGGCUUCAGCUUCUGCUGUAUCUCAGAAUUGUGAAGAGGACAAUAAUGAAAACCUUGAUUCCGACAGGUUUUUAGACCAUUGUAAAAGAAGUCUGGAAGGACUUGCUGAAAGGAUUCUUAUUCUGCAAGAGAACCACUGCUGGGAAGUUUCAUCGACUAUCCUUGACUGCUUGCUUGGGUCUCCUCCAUGUUUCCAGCUUGACAACCUCACUAAUUAUAUAUGCUCUGCCAUAAGAAAGAAUAUAUAUUCUGCUCCCAAGCUUUUAUUGCGUGUCCAAUCUGAUGAGUGGCUGUCAUUGUUGUUUGAAAGGGUCGCACAUGGACUCUGUGAGAGUGAUGUUUCACCUUUAGCUGAUUUGUUUUGUGCCAUGUUGGAUCAUGCUGAACCUGAGCAGCGACUGAUAGGCCUCCGGCAUUUAUGUAAGCUGCUCGGAAAAGAUAUGGAUGAUGAAGUAGCUGUAAAGUCCUCGAUACUCUGCCAUAAACCUCUCGGAAUUGUUAGUUCUGUACCACAGCCAACAUUGUCACUUUUGGUUGGGGGUACAUGGGAUUCUGUUGUUUUGAGGGCAUCGUCAGAUACAUCAAUCACAAUACAGACUUGUGCUAUGGCACUCCUAGUAGAUUUUAUCCCUUAUGCUAGCCGAAAACUACUGCAAACAUUUCUGUGUGCAUCUGAUAGUGUCCUCCAUUGUUUUGGAAAGGCUGGGGGAUCAUUGGGGGAAGGACCACUGCUGAGGCUCUCGCUAGCAAUUAUUGCUAGCUGUUGUCUUUAUUGUUCAAGUGAAGAUUUGGCAUUGAUUCAUCAAAGUGUUUGGAAAAGCAUCGAGAUUCUAGGUUCCUCAAGAACCGAUGGCAGAUUGGAGCUAGUUGAAACAAAAGCUUGCCAACUAUUGUGCAGAUUUAGAAAUGGAGAAGAUGAAGCAAGAGAGGUUCUCAGAGAGGUGGUUUCUUCUAGUUUUGAAGUUGAAGACAAUCUGGAUUUUGGGUCUACACGUCAAUCAAUUCUUGAGGUGCUCUCUAGUCUAUCUUCUGUUGAGUCAUACUUUGAGCUUCUUGCAAAGAAAGUUGAUGAGGAGACUAUUGAACUAGAGGAGGCUGAGAUGGAAUUGGAUAUCGUAAGGAAAGAGCAAAAUGUACCGGAUAUAUUGGGUUCCAAAGAAAACCAUCAACUUCCUCACGUUACAUCCUCGAGAAAGCAUGAUAAUCGCCUUCAGCAGAUCAAGGACGACAUAUAUGCACUGGAAAAGGCAAAACUUCGAGAAGACUUAGUUGCCCGCAGGCAAAAGAAAAUUCUUAUGUGGCGUGACCGACAGAAGUAUUUAGAAGAAACAGCUUUACGAGAAGCUGAACUCCUUCAAGAAUUGGACAGGGAGAGGGCAGCUGAAGCAGAAAAGGAGAUAGAGAGACAACAGGCUCUAGAACUCGAAAGAGCCAAAACAAGGGAUCUGCGACACCAACUGGAGAUGGAGAAGGAGAGGCAAAUGCAGGCAAAAAUCUCUAUUUCGCUUCCACCUUGUUCUAUGCAUGAUCGCAUUAUAGAGCUUCAACGUGAAUUGGAGCAGGCAGAGUCAGGAUUAAGAUCAUCACGGCGAGACUCGUCUGCUUCCCACAGUGGUAGACCUAGGGAAAGGGUUCGAGAAAGAGAUAAUGGGCGGUCGGGAAGUGAAGGAAGCACGAGAGGGCAAGAAACUGUGAAUACGCCAACAAUGGUUCUGCCUGGGUCAAGGUCAUUCUCUGGCCAGCCUCCAACAAUCCUUCAAUCACAUGACCGCUUAGAAGAGUAUGACGAAACACUUGAAGGAAGCAGAGACUCGGGAGAUACAGGAAGUGUCGGGGAGCUGGAGAUGGGCUCUGGUUUUGAAGGGCAGUCUGGUCAGCGACUAAGCGGGUCAAGAGGAGGAAGCAAAUCGAGACAGGUGAUUGAAAGAAGAGAAAGAAGUGAAAGUGGUAGGCGUGAAGGGAAAUGGGAAAGAAAACACUGAGAGAUUCCCAGUGAGCUGUGUAUCAAAGUUACAAAUUCGACCUGCUUUUCUCUUCUCUCCGACCAUUUUUUAUCUCUACUUUAUAAAACGAUACCAGGUUU